GUCCGUAUAGCUGCCUGAAGAAAAACCUUAAAUGUUACUAGCAGCAGCGCGCUUAUGCCCUUCAAUGCUGGAGGUAGUCCUCACAUGCUAAGUUUCAGCGUGUCAGAGUCUGCACACAUUUUUGAUGCAGCUUUAGGAUUGAUCACGUCUGUUGUCUCUGCUUGGUGUUUGUAAACGCAGUCAGUGUAACGUUAAUUGCGGUAAUGGAGUGUCGUGUGUUGUCCAUUCAGAGUCAUGUUGUCAGGGGAUACGUCGGGAACAAGUCGGCAACGUUUCCGCUGCAGGUGUUGGGCUUUGAAGUGGACUCUAUCAACUCUGUGCAGUUCUCCAAUCACACAGGCUAUGCCCAUUGGAGAGGGCAAGUACUGAAAGCAGAGGAGCUAAAUGUGCUAUAUGAGGGCAUUAAGCUCAAUAAGGUGAACCACUAUGACUACAUCCUCACAGGGUACAGCAGGGACACGUCCUUCCUGGAGAUGGUGGUUGACAUUAUUCAGGAGCUGAAGGAGGCCAAUCCCAGACUGAUAUAUGUUUGUGAUCCUGUUAUGGGAGACCACGGUGCUAUGUACGUUCCAGAGUAUCUGCUGCCAGUCUACAGGGACAAAGUAGUGCCUUUGGCCGACAUCCUCACCCCCAACCAGUUUGAAGCAGAGUUAUUAACUGGGAGGAAAAUCAACACAGAGGAAGAUGCUUUCGAGGUGAUGGACUUGCUUCAUAAAAUGGGUCCAGAGACCGUGGUCCUCACUAGUACAGACCUGCCCUCAAAACAUGGGGACCAGUUCCUGGUGGCCCUUGGGAGCCAAAAAAUAGUGAUUGAUAUCACUGUCCUGUGUGUCCUCACUGUAGUGAAACCAGAUGGGUCCAACACCAGUCAGAAUAUCUGCAUGGACAUCCCCAAAGUCGAUGCUGUAUUUGUGGGGACAGGAGACCUGUUUGCUGCCUUGUUGCUAGCCUGGACUCACCAUCACCCCAAAGACCUGAAGGCUGCCUGUGAAAAGACUGUUUCAGUCAUGCACCAUGUCAUUAAGAGGACCAUUGCUUACGCCAAUGAGAUGGCUGGCCCUGGGAAAAGGCCCAGUCCCGCACAGCUGGAGCUGAGGAUGGUUCAGAGCAAAGCCGACAUCGAGAAUCCUGCCAUCGUAGUGGAAGCUAAGGUUUUACAGAAGUCCUCACACUGAAGACAACGAAACAUUUUCAUGAACAUUCACAUCGUGCUGGUAAAAAUCGUCUUCAAAUCUGGGCGGUCCGCCAGACACAUGUAGGGUUUUCACAUUAAAGACUGUCACGUGUCUCUGACUUACAGAAUCUCUGAGGGAGUACAACUAUGUUUUCAUGAGAAGAGUCAGCAGGAUUUGUUGUAUGUACAUUCUGCUCACAAACACACUGGAAUCACUGCCGUAUGUGUCUGUACUAUGGCCUGUGUAGACAUCAUCUGACCUCCAAAAGAAAAAAGGACAUUAGCCAACUAUGUUUAGUUUUAAAGAUAGUGUAAGUGUACUUGAAUCCUCCAUAACAUGGUGAAAAUGAUUUCUUGCUGUAAAACAACUCAUCUCAAUUGAGCUGCAUAGAAAAUACACAAAACCAGUGAUGCAUGCAUGACCAUGCCUCUACUUGUUUUGGCUGUGAUAGGAAGUAAGGACUAGUCACAUGUACUUAAAGUGUGUUGCUCACAAGGCAUUAUAAGCACAUCAAUAUACCAUCAUUAAUAUAAUCAAAACAUAAUGCGUUUCAGACUCACAAAGCAUUUUAUUGCAUUGUGAGUUUUCUGAAAUCAUUAUAAUAAAAAGGUAUGAAUGCAUGCAGUGUGCUUAUAAUGCACUUGGGUGUUUUAUCAUGCACUUUAAAGGCAGAAUGAGUAGGAUUUGUCGGUUGCGGUUUGUAAACACAACAAUCAAAGUUGGCCCUGUACACUGCUAGCUACUAUUUUUGGAACGUUACAUUUGUUGUAAUGGAAAAGCCCAUGCUUGAGAAAGCUAACUAAGCUAACCACCGGCACCUAUCUAUCCAACAGAAAACAGACCAACUCCGUGUCGCUCUUGAUCCCCAUCCUCUCCUCCAGUGCUCGCCAGCGGGUGAAAGCCAAUCCGCUUGGCAUUUCGCCUUGCUAUAUUGUGUUUUUUUGCCGCUGUGUCUGCCAUUUUCGCAGCUUCCUCUUGGAUGCGUGCUUACGAUCAGGCACCUGGUUGCUACUUUUGUAUAGAGUCCCGCCCUCACACCCUGCGCACUGUUAUUGGCUGGGGGCUACACAACCACCGCCCAAAGGUUGACACCCAGAAACGUCCUGAACACAGCAAAAUAAGAAAAUACAGGCAGAGGACAGGGUCUCUGUAGAUACAGACACCGCCACACACUUCUAGUGGGUCAUAAGUGAUGAUUGAGAUGGAUUAUUUUUGUAUGAGUCUAUACAUUUCUUUUUUUUUAAAUCCUACUUAAUCUGCCUUUCAAAGUAUUACCACCUUAUACAUGCAGAUUGAAUGCAUUAUAAGUGCUGAGAUGUGCAUUGAAACUCCCACAAAACAUCUUAUGCAAUUAAUAUGUAGUCUAUACAGUUUCAUUACCCCAGUUUGAUUUGCUUUGAACAAAUUGUAACUUAAAUGAUAAUCAAGACAAUAGUUGAUGUCUAACAUUGUUCUUUUAAUCAAUUUUCUGAAAAUGUUUUUCACCUCCGUUUUUUAAUUUAUGCAUUUAACUAGCAGAUGUAUAACAUGUUAGACCCAUGUCUUAAACAUCUCAAAUUGAGGUAUUUGCACAGAUAAUCUUUAAUAUAUUUACUAAUGAUUAUUGUUUUCAUUGUUGUUGUCAUAUCUCAACAAAACAGUCAGUAUGAGAGACCAUGCUGUAUAAUAGCCUUAACAGGAUUAGGAAAAAAAACAUUGGUGAUGAAUGUUUUUGUGUACCAAUGUAAUAGUUGAACCACACACAUAAUGUUAGAAAGUCAAGUGCCAAACCUUGAGCUAAUGCUCUGAUAUAGUGCAAUAGAAGAACAGAAAUAAUAAAUUAUGAAUAUUUUACUGAAA